CCACAUUUCAACAAUACUAAUACCAUGAAGUUUGCGGCUGUCGCCCUUGUUGCUGCUCAGGCGCUCAGCCUUGUUGCUGCCCGUUCGUACAGUACCACCAACUGCAAAUCAUGGGAGGGCCAUGAUUCCUACGGAUGCCCCAAAAAGUACACCUACGAUUCCAGCAACGCCAGCAAGAAGUGUUCUUACCACAUUGAGGAGGGAGAAGGCUCAUGCGCCGAAGAGUGCUGUGAGAAAGAAGUAACCGUAGAGGAGGUGGGAUACGGAGGAGGAGACAAGGGAUACGGAGGAGGAGACAAGGGAUACGGAGGAGGAGACAAGGGAUACGGAGGAGGAGUUGUUGUGCAGGAGAUCCCCGAGUAUGAGACCCAGACCAAGUACGAGACCCAGACCAAGUACGAGACCGAGACCGAUGUUGUCACCAAGUUUGAGACCGAUGUUGUCACCAAGUUUGAGACCGAGAAGAAGUAUGUUACGAAGACUGAAACUGAGCAGGAAUACGAAACCAAGUUCCAAACUAAGAAGGUGACUGAGCACCUCACCGAUGUGGUGACGUCCACAGAUAAGGCAACCAUCACUACCCUCGCAACUGAAAUCGCGUACGAAACUGAGACAGAGACGUUGUACGAAACGAAGUACGAGACAGACACCGUCGUGGAGUACUUGAAGGAGUAUGAAACCAACACCGAAACCGUGUUGUAUACUGAUGUCGAAUAUGUGACUGAAACCGCCACAGUCACCGAAUACGAUACCGAACACGAGACAAGCGUGGAGUAUCAGACCAUCGACAAGACCAAGGUACACUACUCGACUGAUAUUGUAACCGAAACCGCGAAGGAAUAUUCCACCGAAAUUGUCACUGACACUGAAACUGUGCAGAAGAAGAAAUACGAGACUGUGACCACCACCAAGGAGGUGCCUGUUUACAAGACAAUCCCCGUCACCACAUAUGUCGAAGAGACAACCUUCAUAACAGAGGUUAUUGUCACCCCUCAGGGAGGCAAAGAUGGCUACUCUAAGAAUGAGGUGACGAAGGACGGGUACGGUGAGGUGAAGAAGGACGGCUACGGUGAGAAGGACGGCUACGGUGAGAAGGACGGCUACGGUGAGAAGGACGGCUACGGUGAGGUGGAGGUGAAGAAAGAGUCAUACUACUAGGUAUAGAUAGCUUAAUGACUUUCAAAUACAUGUGAGGGUAAUAACAAGCAUAGGAUUGGAGUUGGUGUGCAGUUCAGUUAAAAAUACAAUUGUACGUGCACACGCUGUCUUAGCAGCAGACAGCAAGGGAAUAAAUGUGGGAAAAAAAAUAAUAC